AUGAACAUAGCUGUUCUUGGAAGCAAGCGAGUAGGAAAAUCCUCAAUUUUAAAAGUAGUUUUUCAGAAAAUGUCCCCCAAUGAGACUUUAUUCAUCGAAAGCACAACGAGAGUUGAUGAAGUGAAAAUCCAAAACAAUCCAUACACUAGAUGCACAAUUCUUGAUUUCCCAGGGACCUUUGAGAUUUCCCAGAUGACGUCUCUAGAGAGAAGGUUUCUGCAGGACUCUGCCAUGAUCAUAUAUGUUCUAGAUGCCCAGGAUGAGCCAUAUAAUAAGUCACUGGAAAAGCUAGUAAGUUUGAUGAGCGAAGUUUAUAGUUUUAAUCCCCACUGCAAAAUAGAGGUGUUUUGUCACAAAAUUGAUGGGGAUAUGUUUGUAAAUGAUGAUGUAAAGCUGGGAGUACUUAAUGAAGUCUCAGAAAUUGUAAGGUUUGAUACAACUGAAAGAAAGCUGCCAGAGCCAAGCUUUCAUUUGACUAGCAUUUAUGAUUUGAGCAUUUUUGAAGCUAUGAGCAAGUGCAUACAGAAAAUAACCCCAGGAGUCGGGCACAUGCAAAACUUGUUAGAUAUUUUGAUGAGCCACUGCAGAAUUGAUAAAGUUUAUGUGUUUGAUGUAAUUAGCAAGCUUUAUAUUGCCACAGAUUCGACACCGGUGGAUUUGAUUUCGUAUGAACUGUGCUCAGAUAUGAUUGAUGUGGUUAUUGAUGUGUCGUGCAUUUAUGGAGUAGGAGAAGACGAAAACUUCAAUAAUGCGUUUGAUGGAAAAAGCACGUCAGUUAUUAGACUAGAUACAGGGCUAACACUUUACUUAAGGGAAGUGGAGCAUUUAUUAGCACUUGUGUGCUUGGUGAAAGAUGAUAACUUUGAAAGACAUCAUCUGAUAGACUAUAAUAUAGAUAGAUUUAAAGAAGGGGCGAAGAAAAUUUUAGAUGCCAGGGAAAAGUGGGUGAAGGAGCAAGAAGAGGUUAAAGGCUAA